AUGUUGCCCGUGUCGCUCUUUUAUACCGGUAUCAUGAUCAUGAUGAUGGCAUUUACGGCCCCGACCGUCGCGGUGGUCACGCCCACCAACGCGGAGAGCGACUUCGCGAACCUCAAGGUCGGCACUCCCUUCAGCAUCACCUGGUCAGGCGCGACGGGACAUGUCACCAUUUCCUUACUCCUUUCGUCCGGCACCCAGAUCGUCACAAUCGCAAGUGCACUGACAGGAAACUCUUUUGUCUGGACGCCUCCGGCGCUGUCGACCACGGAAACCUACGUGCUCAGGUUCGUGGACUCGACGGGGGAGAGCCGAUCAGGCCCCUUCGAUGUGAGCGAUGUGAACGAGGCGAGCGAUGCGGACGAGGAUGGAACGCAGGAGGGUCCCCGGGUCGCUCCCCGUCCCCAGAUCCCCAGCACCAUCUCCUCCGCGCCGGUCACGACUCCCGAUGCCCAGAUCGCGAGCUCGAGCUCGAGCGCCCCACCCGUCGCCCGACCGACGAUGAUCACUUCUCCAUCGGCUUCCAGAGCCGCGGUUCCAACCUCGCUUCCCUCGAGCACGCCGACCCCGGUGCCAUCACCCACAUCUCCGUCGGGGAAGAAGGGCCUCUCUGCUGGCGCCAUCGCUGGUAUCAGCGUAGGCGCCGUCGCCGGUGUGCUGCUGAUCGUGGGUCUCAUCGUCCUUGCAUUCUGUAUUGGGCGACACUCCGCUCUCGGUGGCGCCAAGGGCAGCCCGAAUCCCAAUGAGAUGGAGCAAGCCGCGGACACGGGGGGGAGUCCGGGAUGGGUGAAGAGCAUUUUCGACCCAGGGAGCACCGGCAGCAGGAACCAGCUGCUGAAGAAGAACGGCGACGGGAGAAGCUCGCGCAUGGGAACCAUCAUGACGGACGGGACCUACACCGAUGGGCGCUGCUCCCGGCUCGACACCAUGACCUUCACCGACGGGAGGAGCUCGCGGAUGGACACUGUUGACGGCCGCGACUCGAGGAUGGAUGGGAGGGUGUCACAGAUGGAUGCGAACGGGAGGGUGUCGCGCGUCAGCAUGCACACGGAGGGACGGGUGUCGAGGAUCGGACGGUUCGAGUUCGAAGAUCAGCCGGCCGAUUCGCGAGGCUUCAGCGGUGGCAUCCGCAUCGUGGAGAUGCCCAGUCUCCGGAUAUGA